AUGAAUCACGAAGAGUGUGAAUCAUGGACUAGUAGUCAUGGUAAUCAAGAUAAUUUUGAGACCCAUGACAGUGGCGAUAAUGAUUUCCCACACCAUGAGUCAGAGGUUGAAUGGAAUAUUUCUCACGAUGAUAGUCAGGACAGCAAUUCUGGAAAUGAGUUUCUUUACGAGGAUCAUUAUGGUAGUGAUGAAGAUCAGGAUUCCGAACAUGAAAGGGAUAUUAAUGAAAUAAUCGAUAGAGAUGAGACUGACGAAGAAGAACAUGAAUUUUUUGGGCCCGGAAUGUCUUCUCGUGAUUUUAUGAACACUUUAAGACAACAUAUGAGAAAUAAUGAACAUCGUUCGGGUACUCAUGAAGUCCAUGAUGAAAAUGGGAGAAUGAACUUAUCUGAAGUCCUACCUGAAUUAUUAUCGAUGAUGGGGUCAGCGGGUGAUGCAGGUCUAAGGAAUCGUAGUGAUGCAAACAGUAGAAGUGCUAGAAUGGCAAAAUUAGUAGAUAAUGUGGAAAAUGCAGAAAGUGAUCCUUAUUUUGCCAUGGAAAGCAUUAUUGAAUUAUCAGAGAAUUUAUUAAUGGUCAAUCAAAUUAUUAUUGAAAGGAUUUUCCCCAUAAAGAGACUCUUACAUGCUUUAGUUAAUAUUUUAGGAUCAUUUAAAUUAAGAGAUGAGUUAGAAUUACAGUUACAAUGUUGUAGAUGUUUGUACAACAUUUUUGAAGUUCAUCCUGAGAGCAUGUCUGUUGCUGUAGAUAAGGAUAUCAUUCAAUUCUUACAAAGCAAAUUAACUGAGAUUAGUUACAUUGAUUUAGCGGAACAAGUCUUGGAAACUUUGGAAUUGUUGUCAAGACUAUGUGGAAGAGAUAUUUUACAUAAUGGACAAUUAUCUUCCUACAUCCAAUAUUUUGAUUUUUUUACUAUUCAUGCUCAAAGAAAAUCUGUAGCAAUUAUAGCCAAUGCAUGUGCCAUUGUCAAAAACUCAGAUUUCGAGACAAUUGAGGAUUUAUUUUUGACUCUAAAACCAAUUUUUGUUAAUUGCACUGACCAAACCAUUGUCUCAAGGUUACUUGAUACUCUAUAUGGUAUAUGUGGUGGAAUAAAGGAUGUAGAUAUGCUGGAAUCAUUAUUUACUACAGAAAUCACCCAACACCUAAUUGAAUUGAUUUCCAAUAGUGACACUGCAUUAGACGGGAAACUGAAAUGUUUAGAUAUUCUAGCACUAAUUGUCAGUCACUGCCCCAAGAUUGCUCAUACAAUAUUGAAAUCCCCUAAUUUAUCCAUAACGUUGGAAAAGUGUUUAUAUCAGUAUGGAAAAAAUUCAAAUGCUAGUUUACAUGAAACUAUCAUGUUCGUUCCUAAGAAUUUAUUGAAUUCGAUCUCAAGAUUUCUUGUCUUACUAUUUCCUCCUGAAGUAGAACAACUUUUGACUGUCAAAAAUACCAAUUUCCGUGAUAACGAUACAGAUUUCUUCAGUAAUUUUAAAGAGGUUAAAGAAAUUAGUCAUUUACUUGAAAAAUUGAUUCCAAUGCUGUGUGAAAUUUAUAUUAACACAAUCAAUUUUAGUACCCGUCGUAAUGUUUUAAUUGGUUUAACCAGAAUUGCCACAUAUAUGAAUACUGACGUAGCAAAAUAUUCGGUAGAUUAUUUUAUUAAGUUGUUGGGCGCCUCUUUGGCACAAUCUAAAAAUUUCCUAGAAAAUGGGACAUCUAAUCCUUAUGAAGUUGGAGUAUUAAUUAUUGGAUUACUAUCUAUAGUUAAAGUAUUAGAAAGAAACUUUUUAUGUAUUUUCACAAUUCCCUUCAAGAAAGAGGGUAUUUAUGACACUAUAAAGAGUAUCAAUCAAGAUGUUUUAAAAUUUCAAGAGAAGAAUGAGGUCUCUUCAAAUCAAGAGCCUGAAUUUUCAGAUAGAGAAUACCGUGAGUAUUCUGAUGAAUUGGAUCAAAAUACAGAACAUGAAGAAGAAGAAGAAGAGGAAGAUAAUAUUUAUUUAGAUGACAGAGAUAUUCCAAAAGAAGUUCUUCCCAGGAAGUUGAAAUUUAAAUUCUUAAAUAAACUAACUAGUGGAGAAAUGUUAGAUAUUGUAGUUGAAUCUGCAGAAUUAAUUUUGUCAAUGGUAGACUCAUCAGGGGAAAUUACAUAUGAGGAAGAUGAAAUGACAAAAAAUAUGGUUAAGACUCUAGAAGAAAUGCAUGUUGAUCCAGGCUCCUAUGAUGACGUAUAUCGAUUCUUGCUUGCUGUGAAUGAUUGUAUUUUUCAAAGGCAUACAGUAUUAUCUGGAUUUGAGUUAGUAUCCAAUCAAUUACCUACCAUUAUAGCAAAUAAAUUAUCUGAAUUAAAUCUUAAUUGGACUACCAACUUACAGAGUGCUGUAAAGACUGCAUUUGGCGAUAAUUUGGUAGAACUCAUUAAAAUAUUCCAAUCUGCGUUAACUCGAGUUGAAUCUUUUUCCAUUAUUGACUCAGGCCUUCAAGGUGAAGAAAGAGGAAUGGAAUCUCUUGGCAAACAAAUCAAAAUCCAUUUACACUAUGACGGUGACAGUAAAACAUUUACACCAUUAUCAACAAUUGUGGUAUCAGUACAUUGUAUUGCCUCGUUUAAAGUUUUAGAAACAUUCAUUAAAGAUAGAGCUGUCAGAGCAAAAAUAUUUAGUUUAAUAAUACCUACAUCAAGUGAUGAGGGAUCAGGAGAAAAUAAUGGCGAAUCAUUCUCUAAUGCUAAAUCAAUUAAAGAAUCUGUCUUAAAAUUCUACUAUAAUGAUGAGGAAAUUGAUAGUAAGGAUACCAUUUUUGGUGCUCUAUUUAAAAUUUUAUACAAAAAAGAGGAUAAGAACGUAAGAGACUUAUGGAACGAUAUUCAGAAUAUUCAUUUCAAAAUAUAUGAAAAAGAUAAUACUAAAAUAGUCGACUUAGGAGCAAAAAGCAACCCUGAAGACGAAGAUUAUGAUAUGGAAAAUGAAGAAGGAGAUGAAGAAAAGGAAGAUCCUUUGUGUAAUAUAUAUGAUAAUAUUGAAUCAUUUGGUUCUGAAACAAAUCAAGCUACAGAAGAUAUUAUGAAAGUUUUGAGAGUGUUAAGAGUUUGUUUCCAAAAUGAUGAUUAUUUUGUUAAUUCUAAAUUAAGCGCAAAAUUAGCAAGACAGCUGGAUGAACCAUUAGUCAUUGUGGGCGGUGUUUUACCAGAAUGGACAUUACGCUUAACUAAGGAAUAUUCAUUCUUAUUCCCAUUUGAAAGUAGAAUGUUUUUCUUACAAUGUACAUCCUUUGGAUAUGGUAGAUUAAUACAGUUGUGGAAAGAUAAACUAACUGCUGAAAAGCAGUUGAGUAGCGAUGAUCCAUUAUUACAAUUGGGACGUCUUUCAAGAAGUAAAAUUCUGAUUUCGAGAGAGAAUAUGUUAUUAGCAGCACUAAGAAUAAUGGAUGAUUAUAGUAACAGUGCCGCUGUUCUAGAAUUUCAAUAUACAGAUGAAGAAGGUUCAGGGUUAGGACCUACUUUAGAAUUUUAUUCUACAAUUUCCAAGGACUUUGCCCAAAAAAAGCUAAAUUUGUGGAGAACUUCUAAUUUUGAUGAAGGAAAUGAUUAUGUAACAGGACUUUUAUACCCAAAACCAGUAGCUGAGACAGAUUCUCAAAAACAAAAAAUUGUUGAAUUAUUCGAUUACCUGGGGACUUUUAUUGCAAGAUCUCUUCUUGAUAACAGGAUUGUGGAUUUCCGAUUUAAUAGUGUUUUCUUUCGAUUAGCUAACCAGAUUGCGGCAGGAAAAUCAUAUGUGGAAUAUAAUAAUAUAGAAGAUGGAUUUUCCAUCUUAAAAUUAGUGGAUAAGUCAUUGACCCAAUCAUUAAGGUAUAUUUAUAAUCAUAAAGACAAUAAACAAGUCAUUGAAGAAAUGUGUUUAACUUUUGUCUUACCAGGUUCAGACAUUGAGUUAAUUAAAAAUGGUUCAAAAUUAAAUGUACAUGUUGGAAAUGUUACUCAAUAUAUCAGAUCUAUUAUCUCUUAUAUUAUUGAUAUAGGUGUUAAAGAUCAAAUCAAAUCUUUUAUCUCAGGAUUCUCAAAGGUUUUUCCUUACUCAAAUUUAAUUAUUUUGACACCUGAAGAGUUAGUAGAAUUAUUUGGUAGAGUCGAGGAAGAUUGGUCGACUGAAACCUUGUACACCUGCAUUACAGCCAAUCAUGGUUACACCAUGGAUUCUGCAACUAUUCAUAAUUUAAUAUCCAUUAUGUCGAGUUUCAAUCUCCAAGAAAGACGUGCAUUCCUACAAUUUAUUACUGGUUCACCCAAGUUACCUCUUGGAGGAUUUAAAGCACUUAAACCAAAAUUGACAGUUGUUUUGAAACAUGCGGAAUCUGGUCUUACCCCAGAUGAAUAUUUACCAAGUGUUAUGACAUGUGCUAAUUAUUUGAAAUUACCUAAAUAUUCUUCUAAAGAAAUAAUGCAGCAGAGAAUUACACAAGCUAUACAUGAAGGUGCUGGUGCAUUCUUGUUAUCAUAA